UACGUCAUAGUCAGUUUGUUGAGGAGUCACAUCAAAGAGGAGCACGCCAUGUGCACUGGUGCUCACAAGGGGGAGUUCUGAAGAUUUGUGCCUCUUCUUAGUUUUUUUUUUCUCUUUUUUUUUCUUUUUAAAUAAAUACCUCGGUUAGCUGGACUGAAUUUAUUAACAACUCGACACACCUUAUUGUACGUUUAACAUUGAAAAGUUGCAGGCGGUUGGGACGCGUGGACUACCGCUUGAGGAAACGAGGCAGGAUGUAUCAUGAAGAAACGGCUACUCUACAUAAACCACGUUAUGGAACCAUUCAGGAUGAUGAAAGACGGUCAGCGGAGGAGAUGGAUGAGAGGCGGCGGCAGAACAUUGCCUAUGAGUACCUGUGUCACCUAGAAGAGGCCAAACGGUGGAUGGAGGCCUGCCUGGAAGAAGAACUGCCCACUACUACAGAACUGGAGGAGGGACUGAGGAAUGGUGUCUAUCUUGGCAAACUUGCCAACUUCUUUGCACCCACAAUGGUUUCAUUAAAAAGGAUCUAUGACAGAGAUCAAGCUCGGUACAAAGCGAACGGACUGCACUUUAGGCACACUGACAACACAGUUCAGUGGCUCAGGGCCAUGGGGUCAGUGGGUCUCCCAAAGAUAUUUUACCCAGAAACAACAGAUGUGUAUGAUCGUAAAAAUAUGCCCAAAGUAGUAUACUGCAUACAUGCACUCAGCUUGUACUUGUACAAACUCGGCAUUGCACCACAAAUCCAAGAUCUAUUGGGGAAGGUGGCUUUUACAGACGAAGAGAUAAGUAACAUGAGGAGUGAGCUGGACAAAUAUGGUAUUCAAAUGCCAGCUUUCAGUAAGAUUGGAGGAAUCCUGGCCAAUGAGCUAUCAGUGGAUGAAGCAUCAUUACACGCUGCUGUUUUUGCCAUCAAUGAGGCAGUUGACAGGGGUCAGGAAUCUGUAACGAUGGCAGCCCUCAGGAAUCCAAACGCGAUGCUGAGAAACACCCAAGAAGCUUUGGCGCAAGACUAUCAGGACAUGUUGACCCAGGCCAAGACCCGAAAACAAGCUCAGUCCUCAAGCAGUUUUUCCUCCAUGUGUACUGAGGAAAGAGAUGUUUAUGAGGAGCUGUUGACACAGCAGGAGAUCCAGAGUUGCAUAGACUUUGCAAACAUCCAAGAAGCAGUAAAGCAGGUAAAUCAUGCAGUCUGUGCUCAGGAUACAGCAUCUCUUAUGGAUGCACUAAGGCUUCCAGUGCUGGCGUUGCAUGGAGUGCAGAAUGUAAACCAUGACUGCUACCUGGAACACUUUACCACAUAUUGUCAGCACAAAUCCAAGAAUGAAGACAGGGCAGUUCUGGUGGAUAAGGAAGAGAUUCAGAGAGUUCUUAGCUCUUGUAAUGAUUUUGCAGAGGCUGAAAGAAGAAAACUUGAGGCAAUUUCAGCAAUCAACACGGCUAUUCGUCUCGGUGACGCAGUGGUGACCUUGGAUGAGCUCAGUGACCCCGAAGCUCAACUGCCAAUUGUUUACCCAACAGCUGCCAAUCUGUAUCAGAAUGAGCUCUUUAGUUUGCAACUACAAGGAGGGAGGUCUGGCCUGAACCACGAGGACUUGUGUGUGGCUGUAGAAAUGCUGUCAGCAGUAGCUGUCCUCAACGAGGUUCUGGACACCAAGGAUCCACAGGCUGUGAUCGAGCAACUAACCGAUUCACUUCUUGGUUUUACAAAUAUGGACCAAGAUAACCUUAACAGGUAUACAGAAGCCCUAAUCCAAGAACGGGAGGAGUCUCUUGCAAAAGGCCAAGAAUUUCUCACUUGGAAUGAUGUUCAAAAGUGCAUUGAUGUCAUCAACAUUCAGGUCCUUGAAGAGCAUGAACGAAUCAUAGCAAUAGCUGAGAUUAACGAGGCAUUGAACUCUGGUGAACAUCAGCAGACACUUGCAGCCCUGCUCCUCCCCACUGCCAAGUUGACAGGGGUGAACCCAGUCACAUCCAAACACUACCAUGAGGUCUUACAAUAUACUAAACAACUACUCUGCCAGACCUCUGGAGACGAGUCUGCUUUACUGUGGCUGGACCAAAUUCAAGACGCUAUACAUGCAGCCAACCAAAAUGCAGAAGAUGCUAUCACAAUGGCAGAAGCUGUAGCUGACAUAAACGAUUUGGUAGUACAGGGUGACUCCAAGAAUACUUUGCAGGCUCUGCAAUUACCAAAUGCAGGUCUGAAACUUGUACUUGCUGAAUGUGCUGACAUGUACCAGGCUGAACUUGCAGAAGCACAAAGACAGAUGGCACCUCAAGGCCCUGAGAGUGUGUGGGUGAAACACUGCAUAAAGGAAAGAUAUGACUACUACUAUAAUCUGGACACAGGAGACGGUAUCUGGGAGGAGCCUGAAAGCUUUAGAAACAAUAGUCGGCAUCUCAAUAAAGAGGAAAUUCAGAAUGCAAUCAGUUGUGUGACUGCACAAUAUAAUCGGGAACAGUUGUGGUUGGCCAAUGAGUUCUUGGUGACAUUGCUGCAGGCGAGGAUCCGAGGUUUUCUGGUGAGGCAAAGGCACACUCAGAGAAUGGAGUACCUGCGUCAGCAAGAACCCCAUGUCAUCAGGCUGCAGGCCUUUUGGAAGGGUUACAAGCAAAGAAAAAUAUACAACGACAGGAUAAAAGUGCUUCAUGAAAACGUUAGCUCAGUUGUCAAGAUUCAGUCUUUUGUUAGAAUGUGGAGGGCCAGACGUAAUUACAAAGAACGUUUGAAAUACUUCAAAGAUCAUGAGAAGGACAUUGUGACGAUCCAGGCUUUUGUGAAGGGCCAUAAAGCAAGAAAAAAUUAUAGAACUCUAACUGGCGCCAAGGAUCCUCCCCUAUCAGUAGUGCGCAAGUUUGUCCACUUGCUAGAACAGAGCGCUUUGGAUCUGCAGGAAGAGCAGGAAGUGACGCGGCUCAAGGAAGAAGUCGUCACGAAAAUACGCUCAAAUCAGCAGAUGGAGCAAGAUUUGAAUGUGAUGGAUAUCAAGAUUGGGUUGCUGGUCAAGAACAGGAUAACACUGCAGGAUGUUGUCUCCCAUAAUAGGACAAUGAAGAACAUGAAAAAUGAAUCGAAUAACGAUGACCUGGCCAAUGUUGACAAAUUAGGAAUAAAGGGAUUAAAUAAAGGAAAACGGAAAAAACUGGAAGCCUACCAACAUCUUUUUUAUCUACUGCAGACUAACCCAACCUACUUGGCCAAGCUCAUCUUCCAAAUGCCCCAAAACAAGUCUACAAAGUUUAUGGACACUGUGAUCUUCACUUUGUACAACUAUGCCUCCAACCAGCGAGAGGAAUAUCAAUUGCUCAAACUGUUCAAAACAGCUUUAGAUGAAGAAAUCAGGUCUAAGGUUGACCAAAUUCAAGAUAUAGUGACAGGCAAUCCCACAGUCAUCAAGAUGGUGGUGAGCUUCAACCGAGGAGCGCGAGGCCACAAUACUUUACGACAAUUGCUGUCUCCGGUCGUCAAAGACAUCAUUGAGGACAAAAAUCUUGGUAUCAACACCAACCCUGUCGAUGUUUACAAAGCCUGGGUCAACCAGCUAGAGACGGCCACUGGAGAAGUUAGCAAUUUGCCCUACGAAGUGACUCCAGAGCAGGCCAUGUCACAUGAAGAAGUACGCAACAGGCUGGAAGCAUCCAGUAUUGCGCUUCGCUCUGCAACAGAUAAAGUCCUUAACUCCAUUGUGUCCUCCCUGGAUGAUAUUCCUUAUGGCAUGAGAUACGUAGCGAAGGCUCUGAAAAACUGCCUCCAUGAAAAGUUUCCAGAUGCAUCAGAAGAUGAACUAUUUAAGGUUGUAGGAAACUUGCUGUACUACCGCUACAUGAAUCCUGCCAUUGUAGCGCCUGAUGGAUUUGACAUUAUUGAUCUAUCAGCUGGAGGGCAACUCCACGUGGAUCAGCGUCGCAACCUGGGAUCUGUAGCAAAGAUGCUACAGCACGCUGCUGCUAACAAGUUGUUUGAGGGCGAGAACGCACACAUGACGCCGUUGAACGACUUCAUAUCCCAGACAUAUGAAAAGUUUCGGGUGUUUUUCCAGUCUGCCUGUGACGUCCCUGAACCCGAGGAGAAAUUUAAUAUUGAUGAAUACUCAGAUCUGGUAACACUGAGCAAGCCCAUCAUCUACAUUUCUAUUGAAGAGAUAAUCAAUACGCACUCGCUGCUUUUGGAACAUCUGGACGCCAUCUCGCCAGACCCGAACGACCUGUUGCACGAGCUCCUGCAGGACCUGGGAGAUGUCCCUGAUGUUGAGACGCUACUUGGUGAAGGGGUCGUUCAUAGCAGUGAUACAAACAAGGAACUAGUUCUCAAUCAGCAGGCCAAGACUGAGAUCUCCCUCAUCCUCACUAGCAAGUUUGAGCUGCUCGAGGGGGAUGACAAAAACUUGAAGACUCUCACGACCAAGACAAAGAAACUUGUUGUAGAUGUGAUUCGAAUUCAACCUGGAGAAACGUUGCUUGAAAUUUUAGACACCCCAGCCACAGAGCCUCAGGAGACGGAACAUGCCAAGAUAGCAAUGCGACGGGCAGUGCAGGAUGCUCAGACCCCAGAUGAUCUAAAAAGCAGCCCUGCCAUACUGGAGGACAGUCAGCUCCCUCUGGAGCAGAAGAAGAGGAAGAUCCUGAGGAAUCUUCGGAACUUGGAGCAGGCUAAUCUUGUAUCUCCCACAAACAAAUACCAGGAUAUCAUCACUGACAUUGCUAAGGAUAUUCGCUACCAAAGACGCUACAGACAAAUGAGGAAAGCCGAGCUGGUGAAACUCCAGCACACGCUUUCGGCACUCAAUUCGAAAACAGCCUUCUACAGGGAACAAAUGGACUAUUACGACACUUACAUAAAGACAUGCCUAGACAACCUCAAUCGCAAGAAUUCACGCAGGUCAAUCAAAAUGGAAAACAAAGGAGACUUGAAGGGCAGCAAAAAGUCAAAAUCUUUGAAGUACACCGGAGCGAGGUUACACGAGAAAGGAGUCAUUCUGGAGAUUGAAGGACUUCAGACAAAUCAAUUCAAAAAUGUCAUGUUUGAAAUUUCACCAUCUGAGGAAGUAGGGGAUUUCGAGGUAAAAGCUAAGUUUAUGGGGGUCGAGAUGGAAAAAGUUCAGCUUCAUUUCCAGGAUCUUUUGCAGCUCCAAUAUGACGGCGUGGCUGUCAUGAAGAUGUUCGACAAAGCUAAAGUGAAUGUGAACUUGCUCAUCUUCUUCCUAAAUAAAAAAUUCUAUGGAAAAUGAGGAAAAAAAGAAAUUAUGGAAGCUGGAAAUGGUUUGUGCCUUUGGACGGCACUGUUUGUUAAAAUCAAAGACGUCCGAAAAUAUUCGUCAUGAAACUAUUCUUUCUCUGAAUAAUUUAAUAAAUUAAGAUAUUUUUGCUUUCUUUGGAAGAAAAACACUAUUAUUUUGGUCACCGAAUUAUCAAGCAGUUACAUCAGAAGGCCGCAUCCCACGUGGCUAGUUCAAAUGCUGUAGUUCACUGGUGCCUUUUAAUCAAAAGUGUCAAAAUCAUAUUUUAAUGAAAUAAAACUUUUAAAAGUUGCAAUGAAUGUAUUUUUAAUAUAUAUAUAUAUAUAUAUUGUUGGUGUAAAGUGAUUUUGACAAUGUCAUAAAUAAAAAUGUAUUUCAAAUCUA